AUGACGUUGGUCCAAUCCGCUCAUCAUACCAUGGGCGCAUGCUAUGACUUUCUAUACUUGAAGGUCUGCUGCCCGCUCAGAUCUCUCCCCAUAAGUAUGCAGUUGCUAUCAUUCUUGGCCAUUACUGGCAUUACUUCCAGCGUUACUGCCCAAAGCGUGCGAUCUAUUGGCAAGAGGACUGAAGCCCCUAGGGUUCAGGUUGAGACACGCCAAUCUAAGUCCAUCAUUACGACUGAGGCCUCUAAGAAAUUCAUCGUCAAUGGCGCCGCUGGCUCUAUUCCCGACGUCGAUUUCGAUAUUGGCGAGUCCUACGCUGGUCUCUUGCCCAUCAGCGACAAGGCCAAUGAGACUUCGGAGCUGUAUUUUUGGUUCUUCCCUUCUGAGAACCCAGCUGCUAGCGAAGAGAUCGUGAUUUGGUUGAAUGGCGGUCCUGGUUGUUCGUCCCUCGAAGGGUUUCUCCAGGAGAAUGGCCCAAUAAGUUGGCAGUACGGUACCGGUCCUAAGCCUGUCAGGAACGCGUGGAGUUGGACGAACCUUACAAACAUGGUCUGGAUCGACCAGCCUGUUGGUACUGGUUUUUCGAAAGGCAUAUCCACUGCUACAACACAGGAAGAGAUCGCCGAGGACUUUGCCGGCUUCUUCAAGAACUUUGUCAACACGUUUGGCCUAAACAACCGCAAGAUCUACAUGACGGGUGAAUCCUAUGCCGGACGCUAUAUUCCAUACAUCGCAGAUGCCAUGCUGAAAAAGAACAACACUGAGCACUUUAAUGUCAAGGGUGUCAUGCUCUAUUCCCCUAACAUUGCCGAGGAGGGUGUUCAAGUAGUAGCUCCCGUCGUCCCUUACCUUGACAAGUGGUCCGGUCUUUUCAACCUCAACGAGACCUUUACCAAACACAUCCACGAGCUUGCUGAUACCUGUGGCUACACGGAAUACAUGAAAAAGUACCUUACUUUCCCUCCUCCCAGCAAAAUUCCCCAAGCACCCAACGACAGGGGUAGCGAGGGCUGUGAUGUGUGGGGAUAUGUUCAAGAUGCAGUCAUCCUCGUUAACCCUUGCUUCGAUCGAUACCACAUCGCUACCACUUGCCCUUUGUUGUGGGACGUCCUUGGCUACCCUGGUAAUUUCGAUUACCUGGUCGCCGGCACCGAGAUCUUCUUCAACCGCAGUGCUGUCCAAGCUGCUAUCAACGCUCCCAUCCAGCCAUGGAGUGAAUGUGCCGAUGGCGUCCUUGGUACUGAUAAUUCACCUCAAUCCAGUGACGAAGUCCUUCCACGCAUCAUCGAUGCUCUCGACCGUACCGUCAUCUGCCACGGAGAACUCGACUAUAGAUUUCUCUUCAAUGGCACUCUUUUGGCCAUCCAAAACAUGACCUGGGGCGGCAAGCAGGGUUUCCAGUCCCCACCUACCAAGAACUUGUUCAUUCCAUACCACGAAGAUAUCAGCCAGACCAGUUUGAGUGCCAAAGGCGUUAUGGGCAAGUGGCACACCGAGCGCAAGUUGACGUAUAUUCACCAGUCACUCGCUGGACACAUGGUUCCUCAGUACCAGCAAAGCAGCGGAUUUAGGCAUUUGGAGUUUCUACUUGGACGUAUUAAGGAUUUGAGCAGUGAUGUUCCUUUCACAACGUUGAGUCAGGCUCACUCAUCGAAGGGUAAUAGCAAUGGUAAGAGGGACUUGGCUGCUAUGAAGCUUGCCCGUGAUUAUAUAAAGUGGUUUUAA